CAAACGCUUCACAGGCUUGGCUUAACAUAGCUCACAUUUCGAACACAGCUGUCAUUUGAUUAUCAAUGCAUCAAGCAUCAAUGCAUCAUAGUUCAUUGAUAGUACUAGUGUAACUGGUCUACGUGGUGGUAAUGUCCGAUUUCCAUCUCUUUUGGACAUCACGAGAUAAGCGGCACCACUUGCCCUUCUGUUCAUAGCACAACUAUUCGGUCUAAGAGUCACUCUGACAAUGUCAGCCCUACUGAACGCCGAAAUCACCAGUGAAGCGCUGGAAGCUUCUCAAACUAUUGUUGUUGGCAUUCUUGGCUUCACAAUUCUGGUGUGGGAUCAUGUGAUCACGUUUGCAGACGAGGUGGAGAUCAUAUGGGAUCGUCCGAAGAAACUUCUGUCGUUAUUAUUCUUGCUCAAUCGGUACCUCACACCCAUUGGUUUCAUCGUGAACCUUGUUGCAUAUUGCCUGCCUUCUUGGUUGUUCAUAAAGUGCGAGCAUUUCGUUCGGUACGAGGGGGCUAUGACGGCAGUGGGGAUUCAAGUUGUGGGACUGAUGAUGUUCCUGCGCGUUCGAGCUAUGUACCGCGAUAACAGAUAUGUUGUGAUCUUUGUGGCAACGUUAUUGUUUGUUUGGGUGGCAGUCAGCGCUUGGCUGUUGUCUAACGGCGUGGCUGUCCCUCACUCUUCUUUUGUACAUUCUUGUCGCAUGGAGUUCUCUGAUUAUGUAGGGGUUCUCGCAUCUGCGUGGGCAUGGGUUCCUCUUUGCUAUGACACGGUCGUCUUUGCCUUGACUUUGAACCGAACAUUACCCUCGAUGCGCAACGAAGAGGCAGGGCAUAUCAUCCACACGCUAUUCAUAAAUGGUGUUUUAUUCUACAGUGUAAUGUGUGCCAUAAACCUUAUCUUUACCGUCAUGGUUGUGAGGGCUCCAGAAGGCUUGAAGAACAUCACUGGACAACUUGAACUUAUAUUAACGGUCGCAAUGAUGUCACGUAUCACCCUCAGCUUAAAGAAGGAGGGCACACGUGGCUCUGUACCACUCGACACACAUCUUGGAAGCAAAUUCCCGCUCUGCUUCGAUUGCCAAAGGCGUGUCCAAGAUAUCAUGAAGCCACAACCACCAGCUCCUGGUUCCCAGACUCCUCCAAUGAGAACAGAACUAUCCGAAAUGCAAGGCCAUGCAGGAGCUCUCGACGGUGAUGUAUCCUCUCAAGGACAACGAGACAGCGAAGUUCGCACCUGCUUCACCUGCCCUGCAGUGACUGGUGCAUUCGACCCUGCGGACGAUGAACGCAGUCGGUACCAGGAGGCAAUGGUUUGAAUAAAGAUUGUCCUGUAUGACGGACCUGCAAAAUGUUGUAUUACUACGGUACCAAUUGUCGUUUCGAUCUUCACACUUACGGCUAAUCAAAAAAUCAUACUGUUGAGAUUCUUGAAUUAUCCUUUGUCCGACAGUAGGCUGUUAUUUACAAUAUACCUAGUACUAAUACCAUUACAUCGCUAGUAGCUGUGUAAGUACGUUGAAGGAGAGUAAUUGGCAUUAUAUGUGCACAGCCACUGGUGCCGUCCACGUGUCGAUGAA